AUGGAUGAAGAAAUAGAAUUUGACGAGGGCGAUCUCUUGGCACAAAAAGAAGACUGGAUGGAAAGCUUGCGUCAAUGUGCAAAAACUUCAUCUCGAGAUGCUACUGCUAUUGAGAAAGCACAAGGAAUCUUUGAUGAAAUGUUCCAGGCCUAUGUCAAAACCGACGACAUGGCCUUGUUCCCUGGUCCUGAAGUGUAUAAUCUUCUUAUCGAGACACAUGCCUACGGAAGCGACGAGAAAGGCGGCGAGGAGGCAGAAAUGAUACUUUCCAGAAUGGAAGACAGUUCUGUAGCGUUUGUUGCACUUCCUAAUCUGCAAACAUAUCUGAAUGUAAUGGAUGCUUGGGCGAUGAGAAAGAAUCCAGAAAAGGCAGAAGCAGUAGCCACAAGACUGAAUGAGCGCUAUGCUGAAACAAACGACGAUGCCGUCAAACCAACCAUUGCGGUCACCAACAAGUUGAUCAAGUCUUAUGGAAUAAGAGGAGAUAUUGAGAAAGCCGAAUCAAUAUUCCGAGAUUCUUUGGAGAAAGAAGGGGAGCUAAAGGCAAAUCACAAAACCUGGGUUCAAAUCAUGAAGGCAUACAUUCCUCAGAAGUCGGGGUAUGAACAAGUCGGGGAUCUUUUCUUUGAAAUGCGCAAAGCUUUCCGCAUGGGAGAAGAGGAGUAUCUUCCAAAGACAGAAGCCUACAACGCGCUGAUCCGUGCUCUAGGCUACAAACGAAAUGGUGGUCCAGAAGCAGAAGAACUCUUGUUCGAAAUGAUCGAGCAAUACCAAGCCGGCGAGGACGAUGUGAGGCCAAAUGCAGAUACCUUUCGCAACACAAUUGCUGCGCAGUUGAAUCGACGAAACUUCUCCAGUGCCAAGGUCGAGCAGCUUCUGCAAAUACAGGAAGGUCUUUACAUGACUACUGGAUUUCCCGAUCUGAAAAUUGACACACGAGUCAACAAUGCUGCACUCCAGGUCAUGUCGAAAACUAAAGAUGCCAGGAAAGCAAUCCGUGCUAAAAGAAUUAUCGAAAACAUGAAGAACAGCGGCGACCCUGAAAACAUGCCCACGAAGAGAACCUACAGGUCCCUGAUGUCAGCAUGUGCGUUUACAAGAGGAAACCCUGAGGAAAGCCUCGAAACCUUUCAAGUGGCCAUCGAAACUAUUAAGAACUUGAAGGAGUUUGUGGGAGAGGAACCGGACAGCGGAUUUGUUGGAUUAUUUUUGAAAGCAUGCUCAAACUUGAUGCCACCAAGCCGCAAGCGCGACGCCGUUGUUGAAAAGAUUUUCGAAAAGUGCUGCGCCGAUGGUUUGUUGAAUGAUUUCGUUCUGAUUGAAUUUGAAAAAGCAGCGUCUGAGACUCUUCAGCUCGAGACUCUGGGGGGAUUCCUUGAGGAUAAUGUGAAGCUUCCUGAGAAAUGGAGCCGAAAUGUUCCCCAACAAUAG